UGUAUUCCUGACCUUCAUCCCGCAAGAAAAUGGCAUACGUUUACAAGCUCUGCAGUCAAGCUUCUGGAAUCUUCGGAUCAACUCUGGCGUCCCUUUAUGUGCUGUCUUCUUAUGCCAAUGGACCGAAUAAAGCAAGCCUCCAGCACGACUUUUGAUGCGCCUUUAUCAACCACACGAAGAGAUGACAAUGGCUCUUUGCUUGUGGUCUCUUGCGCGCUCGCCCAGUUCCAUAAAAGCUGCAUGGUGGCUCGAAUAUUCUCUAAGCAAACCUCCUCUCGCUCUUUUUCUCUCGAUAUGUCACGAUAUACUUCGACUUGCACCGCGCUGGACGCGUCGUCUUCAACCUCUCAUUUGGCUGUUUACUCUUUUGGCACGCAAACGCGAACUCAAACGAUCUCUUCGACUUCCCUUCAUUACCAGCAACCACUCUACGAUCCUUCUUUUUUCACACCUUCCCACGAUCUUGGGCCAAAUCAUGCAUCCCUGGGUCGGCGAAACGCAAUCGUCGAGCUCGGUCCAAAACGUUCGACAUCCAAGCGUUCACCUUACACCAAAUCACAGCGACAACGGCGCGCCUCCAAUCCUGCGCCUCCUGCCCCCCCUCCGUCAAUCCCCCGCAUCAUUAACAUCAACGCAAUCCCCAGACACUUGGUCCGUGUCCCACAAGAAUCACCUCCAACAAGGGACACCCUCAUGGACCCCAUCAUGUUUUGCUACGAAGGAGCCCAGAUGAUUGGGGUGCCGCUUUCCCACGGUACUAGGGCUGCCCCCCGUUCGGGCCACUCUCCAAUCUUGCAUGGCGCAAGCGACCCGAUCUUCCCGCCCGGCCGGCACUUUGGCGGUAAACAAAUCAGCAUCAGGCUGGCUUGGCCCGGUUACGACGUCAAGGAGAAGCGGCUCGACUUGCGGACGCAUUCGACUAUCGGCCAUCUGUGGACCGUGGUCAGUGCGGGCCUGCGUGAAUUACUGAGCUCUGUCGAUAGCAAGUCCAACCCAGGAGACCCGGAUUGGGCUGCAUGGAGACUCAGUCGCCGCCGCGACGGCACCCGCAAUUUCGAGGAGGAGGAAAUCAUCAUUGCGGGCCUUGAACACUGUGGGGGAAGCAGCUUCCAGUUGGAGGUAUAUGUCCCGGUUGCAAUCUUCCUGGAGGACGCUGGCUAUCGUCUCCGACCUAAAUUUCAACCUGGCUAUAUUCCCCAUCCUGAUUCUCCGAGCUACGAAGAACGGGCAACUCAUAUACGCCCCACCAUAAUGGACGCUACUCGCAUAUCUGACGGGCGCCUAGUCAUACUCAAAGCUGUUUCGACGCGUGUUCAUCCACAUGAGGUGGAGAUAGCGCGCCUCUUUUCAUCCCCGCCGCUUUCUGAAGACCCACGGAACCAUUGCGUUCCCAUACUUGACGUUCUUCAGGAUCCUGAUGAUGCAGACAUUCAAAUUCUCGUCAUGCCUCGCCUCCUUAGUAUGAGGCAGCCCUUGUACGAAACUGUCGGUGAGGUAGUCGACGCUUUUCGACAGAUCUUCGAAGUGCGUGUUGUCUGA